AUGGCUCUCCGGCGCUCCGCCCGCUUGAGCGCCGCUGUUCUCCCGCUCCAAGCAGCAAUCCAGCCACCUUCGAACCCAGCAAACGGCGUUACGAAAGCCCGCAAAAUAUCAACAAAAGAGAAGAAGAAACAGACGCAGAAGAAGACACAGAUUUUGAGUUCGCUUCCUCAACUAUCCCUCUCCAAUGACGCAAACCUUCUCUCCUCUACACCGGUCCUCAAACCAUCCUCAACUUCCUCUACUUCAACCCCAACGGGCGAAGCCGAGCGUACAUCCGCAAACAACAGCGCUUACUGGGAGAACAAUGCAAUAUCAAAUCCUCAAAAGAGACCGCAGACCCCUCCCCCGCUCGACCGCCCCGUUGAACCCCACCGAACAAACGCUACCCUCCUAACGCCCCACGGCUCCUCGCUCGUUGCCUACCCACCGGGGACAGAGGACAUCUCGCCCUCAAAAAGUGGCCUUCCACGACCCACGGCGACAACGGGCACGCUCCUCGAGAAAGCAACCGCACACUUGAUAGCCACCGACCCCCGUCUGAAACCGCUCAUAGAAGCACACCGGUGCGCGCUCUUCUCGCCAGAGGGACUUGCCGAACGGAUCGAUCCUUUCCGGAGCCUCGUGAGCACUAUAAUCGGGCAGCAGGUUUCUGGCGCGGCUGCGAGGUCUAUAAAGGAGAAAUUUGUGGCGCUGCUGUGGGGGCUGAAUCAUGCGGAUGGGGUGAACGGGGCAGAUGGUGCUACUGCACGCGAUAAAGAUAUUGAGGGUUACUUCCCGACUCCCGAGGAAAUAGGACGUUCCGAUAUCGCUACGCUACGGACGGCGGGGUUGUCCCAGCGAAAAGCAGAGUAUAUUCAUGGUCUUGCGGAGAAGUUUGCAAGUGGGGAGUUGAGUGCGAGGAUGUUGCUGAAUGCUAGCGAUGAGGAGCUGUUGGAGAAGCUGACGGCUGUGAGGGGCUUGGGGAGGUGGUCUGUUGAGAUGUUUGCUUGCUUCACGCUCAAGCGAAUCGACGUGUUUUCAACGGGGGAUUUGGGUGUUCAGCGAGGCUGCGCAGCGUUCUUGGGAAAAGACGUCGGUAAACUAAAGGCAAAAGGUGGUAAGUUCAAGUACAUGUCAGAAAAGGAUAUGUUGGAGCUGGCUGCCAAGUUCGCGCCGUAUAGGAGCCUCUUCAUGUGGUACAUGUGGCGCGUAGAGGAUGUCGACAUCACCGUCAUGACUGGUUGA